UCAGCUCAACCAGGAAGUAAAGUUUCUCAUCGGCUCUAGCUCCAAGUUUAGCACCGGGCGGAGCAGGAGAGAGGCUUGCACAGGGAGCCUGGAGCGGAGGAGAAGUCUCAGCAGCCCUGUGAAAACCUGUGCUCCUAGCUGAAGGAAGAUGACGACAUUAACUCGCAGGGGCCGGCGGGCCGACACAGGCAAAAAUGCUGACAAGCGGCCAGAUGGUGAGGAAGAUUCAUCUAAAGACCUGGGUGAGGAGGACUCUGACUCCAAAGACAUCCGCCUCACCCUCAUGGAGGAGGUGCUGCUCCUGGGGCUGAAGGACAAGGAGGGCUACACAUCCUUCUGGAAUGACUGCAUCUCCUCGGGCCUGCGCGGUGGCAUCCUCAUCGAACUGGCCAUGCGUGGUCGGAUCCAUCUGGAGCCUCCCACCAUAAGGAAGAGGAGGCUGCUGGACAGGAAGGUACUCUUGAAGUCAGAUACCCCGACUGGCGACAUCCUGCUAGAUGAGACUCUCAAACAUAUCAAAGCCACAGAGCCCGCAGAGACGGUGCAGACCUGGAUAGAGCUGCUCACGGGCGAGACCUGGAACCCCUUCAAGCUGCAGUACCAGCUGCGUAACGUGCGCGAGCGCGUCGCCAAGAACCUGGUGGAGAAGGGUAUCCUCACCACGGAGAAGCAGAACUUCCUGCUCUUUGACAUGACCACGCACCCUGUGACCAACACCACCGAGAAGCAACGCCUCGUCAAGAAGCUGCAGGAGAGUGUCCUGGACCGCUGGGUGAACGACCCGCACCGCAUGGAUAGGCGGACGUUGGCCCUGCUGGUGCUGGCCCACUCCUCGGACGUGCUGGAGAACGUCUUCUCCACACUGGCCGACGACAAGUAUGAGGUGGCCAUGAGCCGCUCAAAGGACCUGCUGGAGCUGGACCCCGAGGUGGAGGGUGGCAAGGCACAAGCCAUGGAGAUGAUCUGGGCUGUCCUUGCAGCCUUCAAUAAAUCCUAAGCACCCUGGCCGGCCAUGGCACGAAACGUGGCCCUCUCGAUGUAGGAUAGGACCCAUGCAUACAGAACUACCCUCCGUGGAGGGCGGGUUUGCAUAGGCUGGUAUGGGGUGGGCUUGGCAGAUUCCCCCUUGCCCCCUUCAUGGCCUGAGGUGGCUGUGCUGGAAGGGGUGUGUGUGCGGUCAAAUUGUCUGUCCUCUGUGAACACUUAGCUACACGCAGGUCUGCGUCUCUGGGCCGCUUGGCCCCCAUUUUGACCCCCUGGCAGAGACUGUCCAGGGGGGCUGCGUGCUGCUCUCUCGCUCCGGAGUGAAGGGUGCCUGGUACUUGACAUGUGACUGGAGCGGGGCAAUGCCCCCUUCCUGCUCCCCCCAACUGGAGGAUGCAUGGCCCUUGGUAAGAGCUGGAGCUGCCUUGAGGCUUCUUGCCCGCAUGCCCUGCUCUGCAUGGGCCCCUGUGACAUGGAGAAUAUGCCUUGGGCACUGGAGCUUGGAUAGGACCUAUACAUUGGGGGGCUGGAAGUCCAUGCCCUGGCUCCUUGCCAUGAAGGGCAGGAGGGACCUGGGGUCUGAGCUUGGUGCCCUUGGCAGAUGCUAGUAUGGGAGUCAUAGCCUCCAAGGCCAGUGGGGCACAAUCCCCUCCACCCCCCAGCUCCUCUGUUUCCUUCCCCGGUACCCAGCUGUGCUGCUCUAGUCUCACAUGGGCACCUCUUGGAUCAGCAUGAAGCUGGAGCAGUGGACGGACUGGGCUGCUGGUGAUCAGGGCAAAGUGACCUCCGGUGCUAUUCAGUGCUUUGUGGGGAGUGAAGAAGGGGGGGUGGGGGGACCUGCUGGCUCUACCCCCCUGCAUGACAGACAGACAGACAGGACCAGAUGAGAUUUGCACUCAGCAGAGAUACAGGUACAACAGCUAAGCUGAGCUGCUCCUGUCUGCCUGUUUCUUGCAGAUGAGUACUGAAACCUGCAGGCACAGCUCUGCUGAGCUACCCACACAGCAGCUGGGGACUUGGGUCUUAGUUUUGCCUGUAUCACUGUUCAUUCAGUACCUUAUUAAUUCCCCCCUGUCACCCCCCCCAGGGUGGCAUCCCUUAUGCCAUGUAUCACCCCCGGGAGGAGAGAGCAGUCAGAGCCCCCUUGUUAACAGGGCUCUUGGAGAGGGGAGAACAAGGAGCUUCCUUCUCAGCUGCCUCUUUGACAGCAGGAAAGGGCAGGAGCUGCCUACAAGGCUCUGCCUGCUCUGUGUUUGCUGCCCAUGUGCCCGCUCUUGCCCCUGGGAACCACAGCAAACUGCUCUUCUCACUCACUGUAGAGACCAGGGUGUGCAUAGCGGCAGUUAGCACAGUGCAGCUGGAAAUCAUUCAUUUAUUUGCCCAAGCCCCUGGCUGCUGUCCUGUGCAUCAAACAGACACCAAAUAGAGCUGUGGUCCCUGCUGCCCGCAGCCUCUAGGUCUAGAAGUGAGCUGUGCAAGAGCUCUGGGCUGGGUUUGGGGAUUUGGGGACCUGGUCUGAUGUGGGUGAACAAACCGGAUUCAUGGCCGUUCUCUGAAAUCCACCUGCCACCCUCCAUCACCUCUACACUCGGCUGCAACACGCCAGGCCUGAAUGUUUCCCGCAGCUGGAGGGUCCCAGUUCUGGACCAGGGCAGAAAUAGGGGGGCCUGUUUCCCUCCACCCAGUUCAUAGCCGACUUGCUCUGGUGGUGGUCACUUGCAGAGGAGCCUCCAUGCCAUCUUGUUCCCCUCUGACUUGUGGCCACAGGUCUCUGCCCAGCACGGAGCCCCAUGGCUCUAAGGGGAAUGGCUGUUGAUUUUUUAAACUGCCCUUUCUAAUAAAAUCCCCUUCAGGUGC